UGGCUCCCCUCUACCCACCCUGACCAGUAGCUCCCUUCAGUGGCUUUGCGGUUUUAGUCCCUCUUGACUUGUCCGUCGCUCUUGGUUUCGGUUCUCCCCUGGGAUGAGCAGAUGCUGGUGAUCAGGGGAACCCAGGCCAUGGAGAAAGCGGUGGAAGAUGCUAGAGGGACGCCCACCUUGUUUAAGCUCUGUGCCAGGGCUGUGACUGCCAACAUGGACAGAUUGGAGCAAGAUGUGUGGGAUUUGCCAGCGGUGAUCCUACAAGGAAUUUUGCCUCUGCUGAAUAUUUACUAUCUGGAAAGAAUAGAGCAAGCAGCAGUCAAGAAAGGCCUUUCCACUCAAUCUAUAUGGUGCAAGCACUGGAACGAUAUCAUGAAAAGCAAGCCACCAAGAUUUGGGACUGUAACUUGCUGGAGGAAAAAGUUCCUGGAAGCCUUUUUCCACAAUGUGCUCCGUGGAAUUUUGGAUGUUUCUUCUGAUAGGCGUCUGAACGACAAGAGAUUUUCACCUUUGGUUCAUAGCUCCCGGCAUGUGUCGGAACUUACCAUCAGCAAUAAGCAGCAUGGAGUGUCGCAGCUAACACCAGCAGUACUGGAAUGUCUCUCCAAGUCCGUGGAAACCUUAAAAUUCCUUCACCUCCGCUCUUCCGACCCCGCCACCCUGAACUCACUGAAGUUGCUUCUUCACCGUCUCAUCCACCAUGGACAAGUGAACAAGUUGUCCCUGCUUUCCUGGCCUGCCCCUGACAACAGCCUGUUGGAAAUGAUUUUAUGUAUCAGUGCUGGAUUUUGGCAGGAACAUAAGGACUAUCCCUGUGUGUUCUGUUCAAAGAACCCACGGAAAAAUACAAGUAAUACUGUCCAUGAAGCCAAGUUUGGGGCAGAUCUUGCUCCGAGUGUCUCAAGUGUCCAUUCCAGGGAUAGUGUAGAAGGGGAAGUAGGCAGUCAAAGUGCCUUGUUGAGCCUGCAGCCUCUUAACAUUAGCCAAAAUGUUUCCACAGACCCCUAUAUCACCAACUCUGAAGUCGCUCUUGACCCAGUGACUCGCAGAUCACAAGGAGCCGAGUCAAGAAAUGUAAUGGGUCCCAAUUCUAAGCUGCCUUUGGCUGCCUCUGGCGGCAAAGUAGCGUCUACCUCAAGGAAAAAUCUCAAAUCCGGGUCGGAUUUCCAGGGCAGCCUCAAAUCCGAUCCAGAUGACUUAUAUGACUUUAUUUUCAGCGUUCCAAAGGGGGAGGGUAAUGAUUUAGACAAAAAUCCUGGAUACAAGGACAGUGUCAAGAGGAAGCCCUUGGAAGAAAAAAUAAUUGGAAUGCCGUUUCUUGAAGGUGCAUAUCGUUGUCGGAGUGUCAAAGCUCUCAAUUUGCACAAUAUUCCCCUUACUAUGAACUCCUGUCGUUCCCUGUGCCAGCUUCUCCGGUCCUGGGUGUCGUUGGAGAGACUGACGAUGGCUUACAAUGAUCUCGGUGUCAAUAUCUUCCUGGUGGUAGAAGCCCUCUCUGCUCUGUCGAGGUGUCCAGGCUGCCGUCUCAGUGUCUUCUCCAUGAGUGACUUCACUGCUUAUGUUCCUACUUUGCAUCUGGCCCACACGAUACUCACCACCUUCCCCUCACUCCAGCUUUUGUCUCUAAGUUUUGACCUUGAAAACCACAGUGAGAAUGAACCGCCCGUGGAUUGCCAAUUUGAAUUUAAAGAAAACCUUCUGAAGCAGUUAGAGAUAAGGUUUCCCCAGGACCCCCUGCAUUCUGAACGUCUAAUAUCCAUACUGGAAGCCUCUACCUCUCUCACGGAGCUGUCUCUGGACAACGCUACAUUUCCAAGCCAGGAUGUUCUAAGGCGUGUACUACGAGCACUCACAGAACGUAACACAUCUCUGAGGAGGCUAAACCUGCAUGAUAUGAAGCUAACCGAUACGCACGGUGAACUCGUGCACUUACUAAAGAAUUCCAGCCUUGAAGAGGUCAAGCUAUCGUUCUGUCGGCUGUUUGAAAGAGGUACCGAAGAAUUCUUCACUCAGUUUGUUGCUGCACUCAAGAAGAACCCAUUUUUAAAGGUCUUGAACAUCUGUGGAAAUCGUCUAGGAAAUGAUGGAUUGAUUAUAAUGGCAGAUAUGUAUGCCCCAGAUUCAUUGUCUUCAAUUCGCUACUUGGAUAUCAGCUCCAAUUGCAUCAAGCCUGAUGGACUGCUCCAGUUUGCAAAGAAAAUGAAAAGAUUUGGGAAAACCACUCUAAGGCACCUAUGCAUCUCCCAGAAUUUGCUGGAUCGGGAUCCGAUGAUGGCUCGGGAAGCCCUACAGUCCUUGGAGGGGAUGUGCUGUGUAGUCAGUGACGCCUGGGAGUCCACGCAGUCGUUCGCCGACCACAUCAGCGUCAUGUGACGCGGCACUUUUAGUUUCCCCUUGUCUCGGAUAAGUACAUGUUGUAAAGAUUGCAUGUUGUAUAUGCAAAAGGCUGUGUAUAGAGUUAAGGGAAACAUUCUUCUUUUAUUUGAAAUCAAAGCUCCAAGCUGACAGUCCUUUGCGCAUGUUUCCAUAAUUGAUAAUGCCUACCGAGUUCUUUCCUGCUUACAUGUUCGGUAGGCGCCGAUGUGAAUGCAUGCAUCAUCUGUUGUCCUUGGAAGACUAAAUUCAGACACCAAAGUUUGUGCAAAGCACAGAACUUUUAUCCGGAUAAAGCCACUUGGAUAAUCCAAAA